AUGUUUAGCGAAAAACAACGGGAUUUAUUUGUGAUUGGUUUAUACAAAUUUCGCUUCCACAAGUACUUAAAAAAUAAUUUAGAACGGUGGUGUUGUUGUAAAAAAACUUGUACAGCUUAUAUUCAUUUGAACUCCGAUAAUAAAGUAAUCCAAACAGUUCUUGAUCAUAGGCAUGAUGAAGUAAACGAAAUAUUGAACCGUCAAUUCGUGAGUAAUAAAUUAAAACGAAAAGCUAUAGACGAUAUUUGUGAAAAACCAAGUAAAAUCAUUAAUCGUGAAUUACUUACACGAGAUGUAGAUACUUUAACUACAUAUGAUUUACAAUUAAUCAGAAAAAAUAUGCAUUAUGCACGAUCGUCUAUUUUGCCAAAAUUACCAAAAAAUUUGGAGGAAUUGCAUACUUCUAUUAGACAAUAUGAGAGAUUUCUUAUUAACCAAUCGUAG